CAGCCUCGGGUGCAGGCGCGUGGGGGCCGGCCGGCGCGGUGCCUUCCGCCCUUCUGCAGCCAUCUGCAUAUUUUUCUUUCUUUUUCGCAAUUUUGAAUUAUUUUGCAGGACGAGGGGUUCGAGGCAGGUGAGAGCAUCCUGCACGUCGCCGAGGAGCCUGCGGGCACUUGGCGCGCUCUCCGGGGACCGCCUGCACUGGGAACCCGAAAGUUUUUUGUUUUUAUUUUCUCAUGCAGAUGUAUUUUUAAAGAUAUAAGUAAUUUUUUCUUGUCUCCACCGCCUUGAAAGCGAGUACUUUUGGCAAGAACGGAGGAAAAAGCUCAGCAACAUUUUGGGGGGUGGUUGGGUUGUUUUUUUUUUAAGAAAAACAUUUGAGUGCAUCGCGAUGGAGAAAAUGUCCCGACAGCUCCCCCUGAAUCCCACCUUUAUUCCACCUCCCUACGGCGUGCUCAGGUCCUUGUUGGAGAACCCGCUGAAGCUCCCCCUUCAUCACGAAGACGCAUUUAGUAAAGAUAAAGACAAGGAAAAGAAGCUGGAUGAUGAGAGUAAUAGUCCGACGGUCCCCCAGUCGGCGUUCUUGGGACCCACCUUAUGGGACAAAACCCUUCCCUAUGACGGAGAUACUUUCCAGUUGGAAUACAUGGACCUGGAAGAGUUUCUGUCGGAAAACGGCAUUCCCCCCAGCCCGUCGCAGCAUGACCACAGCCCUCACCCUCCGGGGCUACAGCCGGCUUCCUCCACGGCCCCCUCCGUCAUGGACCUCAGCAGUCGGGCCUCUGCACCCCUUCACCCUGGCAUCCCGUCCCCAAACUGUAUGCAGAGCCCCAUCAGACCAGGUCAGCUGUUGCCAGCAAACCGCAAUACACCGAGUCCCAUUGAUCCUGACACCAUCCAGGUCCCUGUGGGUUAUGAGCCAGACCCGGCAGAUCUUGCCCUCUCCAGCAUCCCUGGCCAGGAAAUGUUUGACCCUCGCAAACGCAAGUUCUCUGAGGAGGAACUGAAGCCACAGCCCAUGAUUAAGAAAGCGCGCAAAGUCUUCAUCCCUGAUGAUCUGAAGCAGGAUGACAAGUACUGGGCCCGGCGUAGGAAGAACAACAUGGCAGCCAAGCGUUCCCGCGACGCCAGGCGGCUGAAGGAGAACCAGAUCGCAAUCCGGGCAUCCUUCCUGGAGAAGGAGAACUCGGCCCUGCGCCAGGAGGUGGCUGACUUGCGGAAGGAGCUGGGCAAAUGCAAGAACAUACUUGCCAAGUACGAGGCCAGGCACGGGCCCCUGUAGGAUGGCAGUCUUGCGGGCUGGCUUUCCAGUAGAUGGACAGUGUGUUUCCCGCCUGAUAGCACCACGCCCGAACCAACCUUUCUGACAUCAGCACUUUACCAGAGGCAUAAACACGACUGAUGCACAUUCUGGUGUGCGUGCACGCGCACGCGCGCUUGUGCUCCCGUGAGGUCCGCCGUGCGCGCGUGUGCCUUUGCACUCGCCACGCUAAGGUAGCCCUCUCCUCAUCUUUCAGCUCUGAAAAAGAAAGGUGCCGUGUUUUUACUGGACUGUGGAGACGCCUCAUGGGGUCUCCUGCCCCUCCCUCCUCCCCCAUUCCUGUUCCUUCCCGCGUCACUCUCUGGUGGCUCCGGCCUGCUCUUCCAGGACCUUCUGCUGGGCUCCACCAAGCAGGGCCCUGGUAAAAUACUAGAUCUCAGUUGUCAAGACUACGAGCUCUUGUUUCUGUUUAAUCUGUAAGUUACCAUGCUAAUAAGGUGCACAGAAAUCACUUAGCACUACACUGCAGCGCUCGCUCGCGCUCUCUCUCUUCAGUUAUAGGUUGCUUUCCUCAUAUUUUCAGUUUUGGUGAUAAUUGUCUUCAAAUUUCAAGUGCUGUUUAGAUUUAUUAGAUCCCAUAUUUACUUACUGCUAUUUACUAAGUUUCCUUUUAAUUCUACCAACCCCAGGUAAGUAAGAGUACUAUUCUAGAACACAGAGUGUGUUUUUGCACCGUCUGUACCUAAAGCAAUAAUCCUAUUGUGCGCUAGAGCAUGCUGCCUGAGUAUUACUAGUGGACAUAGGAUAUGUUCCCUACCUAAGAAUUUCACUGUCUUUUAAAAAACGAAAAUUACAGUAAUGCAUUUGAGCAUGCCCAGAACAUCCCCAGGACAAGGAAGCAGAGGGAAAUGCCAGGUCUAAGAACGAGGGAUUAAUUUAUCAGUGUAGGAGCCAAAAAAAAAAAAAUUGCAUCUUGGAACAGCUUUUGACAUUGAUGUGUUUGCUUUUGUUUUCUCCGCUCUCCCCUCCCCCACUUUUCUAGUUCCCUUUUUCCAUACUCCUCUUGAUAUUCAAAACAAUUACUUAAGAUUCAGUUUUCCCCGUUUUUUGGUAAUAUAUAUAUUUUUGUGAAUUAUACCUUGCUGUUUUUAAAAAUCAGUUAACUAAGUUAAUACGUUGAUGUUUUGUAAGACCCCUUUUCCUAGUGGUGUCAUUUUUGAAUGCUUCAUAAAUUAAUGAUUCUGGAGCUUAUGUUUCUUAUUUUCUGUUUGCUUUUUGAAAGUAUGUGCUCUUUUAAAGAGGACUUCUGAAAAAUGAAUGUAAAAGACACUGGUGUAUCUCAGAAGAGGAUGGUGUUGUCACAAACUGUGGUUAAUCCAAUCAAUUUAAAUGUUUACUAUAGACCAAAAGGAGAGAUUAUUAAAUUGUUUAAUGUUUAUACAGAGUAAUUAUAGGAAGUUCUUUUUUGUACAGUAUUUUUCAGAUAUAAAUACUGACAAUGUAUUUUGGAAGACAUAUAUUAUAUAUAGCAAAGAGAAAAGGAAAACUAUUCCAUGUUUUAAAAUUAUAUAGCAAAGAUAUAUAUUCAUCAGUGUUGUACAGAGAAGAAGCGCUUGGGGGUUUUUGAAGUCUUUAAUAUUUUAAGCCUAUCACUGAUACAUCAGCAUGUUUUAUGCUUUAAAUUAAAAUUUUAUGACAGUAUCGAAGCUUGGUGUGACAAAUCCCGCUCUAAAAUAUAUAAGGAGCUUUCUUGUUUCCUGUUAGGUCUCAGAAGGAAGUCAGUUAACGUCACCCAAAAGCACAAAGUGGAUGUUAGUCAAAUAUUUAUUGGCUGAUACAGUGUUUUUUAGGAAAAGCAUCUGCCAUGAAAACGUUCAUUUCAAAGUUACAAGUUUCUGGAAUGAAAUACCACCGCAAGCACCCCAAACAAUCCUGUUCCCCUCUGUGGGCACGUGCGUCUUAUGCAGUAUAAGGUUGACAUCGGUGUCACAUGUAUGGUUUAUAAUUUGGUAGAUGUUUUGACCUUAAAGAUGAUUGUUCUUUUGUUUGACCAAGUUGUGUAAUGUUAAGAGAUUCUGCUGUUAUUGCAAAGAAACAUUUUGUGCUAGAUUAAAACACCCUUCAUCAAUGGGAUUUUCUAGUCUCCUGCCUCCAGAGUAUCUAAUUCUUGAGUGGCCUGGUGGUCCCCUUGUCCAUCCACCAGCAACGCUUCUGUCUCAGUGUCAUAGUCUUGGGAAAUCUGACUAGAAGGAUAUUUCUACUAGAUAGUCAUUUUGUCCCGAGCUACAGAUUACGGUAGGACACGCGAGAGCAUUGGAAUCGAAAGGCAUUGUUCAGGUAUACAACGAAGAAAAGAAACAAAACCUUUGGCCAAAUUAAGCCAAACUGAAUAAGCGAAAUUCAGGCACAGACACGGGUGGACGCAGGGUUGGCUCUUUUAUAGGUAGAGAGACCAGAGGCAGCAGAAUUAUUCAGGGACAGGAGUUGCUAAAACGAAGACAAGCCCGUGUCUUCAGAGGAAAUAAAAAGAUCAUAAUAAAAUGUAGUCUGUGGUGUGCCAGCAGAGGUUUCACAAACCUACCUCGUCUUGAAAUCUUCAAAUCUUCGGAGUCCGUCCACGUGCCUUAUGUGAAGGUCGCUGUCCCACACACACAUGAACACUCAUUCCUGCGCUCGCCGCCUUCUGUCGGGGGCGGUUAACCAGUCAACAAGGCAGUUCUGCUCCAUGGUGUCGGAAGCCGCGGCCCGAUUUGGAAUGACUCGGAUCAGCCAGGGUCAGAGGAGCUCUGCAGACCACAGCUAUUAAAAGAGUCCUGUUGUCAUUUUUCACCUUUUCAUCAGAAGCAUCUCUCGGAGAUUAAUUACUUGGCCAUUAAAAAUGAAUCCAAAUCCUACCGUGCCAACAUCGAGACACAAUUUGGAAUGAGCGGCCUGACUUCCUGACAAGGUCGCGGAGUCAUUUCUGUGGACUUAGACAUGCCGAGAAAGGCAAAACCUGUCCCGCCUCAUGCAGUUUGAGGCUGCAGGUGGGGAAUAGGAGGCUGGAAGAGAUCACGUCCUUCUCUGGAGAAGAGGCCACCUUCCGACCCUUCAAAACAUUCAGUGGGCAAGACUGUGCUAGGCCUUUCAUCUUCCUGUGCGACAGGCCUGGGGGAAGCCAUCCCUCGAAGAAGAAGGACCUUUGUCCCAGGAGCGUGCAGAUGGGAUGGGGCGUUGGGUGGGUAGGACGCUGUGCCAGAGAACCCAGGGUUGCCUCCCGAUUCGCCGGCUUUGUGAGGAACACACAAUAAUUCUAAAUGUGCACUUAAAAGGUCUUGAGCCUAAAAGAAUUUUAAGUGGAGCUUCUCUCUUCCACUCACCCCUGAGGAAAACAACGGGCAUUCUGUAACAUGCAGAGGUAUACUUGUAUUUUUAUGGUUGUUUAUCUGAUUUCCCCCUGGAGUUCCUUUUAGGAAAACUCAGCCUUUGUCAGAGUUCGUCAGAGCCGUCCCAAGCCAGCCUGGCUUGGCUCGUGAGCCUGUGUGGAGUGCGGGUGCUCGGGUUUAACCCGGACUCAGCAAGCUGCAGGUGACGGAGCACCUUGUGCUAGACAGACAUCUGCUCUCAGGGUGGGGCUCCCCGCUGGGGCUCUUGGGCCCCCCUGGGGAGGCCAAGGUCUCCUCCUCAUUUUCUCUACAAUUAAUAAUGUCAUUUUAAAAAUGAGCAAAGCCUUAUCCUAGAUCUCGAUUGGAUUAGAUAUGACAACUGAAGUCAGUGCAUUGUGCAGAGGGCCAAGUGUAUGUGUGUGUGUGUGUGUGUGUGUGUGUGUGUGUGUGUGUGUGUGAAUAUUUAAGUCGAAUCAUAACAUCUUUAAUUUUGGAGAACCUUCCCAAACAUAACAACCACCAUAAUCAUUAUCUGUUUGGCAACACCACAAAGGUUGCAUCGGUUAAACAGGUACAAGUUCACGUGAGGUCAGUUUAAUUGUACACCAUGAUAUUGGUGGUGUUUAUGCUGUUAAGUCCAAACCCUUAUCUGUCUGUUAUUCUUAAUGCUUAAUAAACUUUGAAUUUGUUCCUUUC